UCAUAAAUAUUUACUACUCAAGAGUCAGAGAUGGGUAUUAAUAAAAAGCAACACCAAAACCAAAAGAGAAUUAAAAAGGAAGAAGUGCCUUAAAUCAAAUCAGCUUAGUUUUCUUCACACAGAAGGAGAGAGCUCAGGUAAGCAAGGAAAAGGAAAAAUGGAAAGCAUGAGAUAGAGACACCCAUGAAAGAUCAAAAGUUGCAAAGUGGAGAAGAUAUAUAUCUGAGAAAAAGACUUGUCCCUUCUGUGCCAACUUGGAUGUACUUUGAAAAGAAAGCUUGGAUCCUCUCUCUCUUCCUCUGAGUGUUGGGUUUUAGUCCUACUACACUUGAUUUCAUUUAGAAUUCAAAACCAAUAACUGAGGUAAACACUUGUGUGAUUUCUUUGGAACUAGCCCAAUUCCUCUGUUUCUUGAUGAGAGUUUUGUGUUUCAUUUUCUUUGCUGGUGAAAAAAGAGAGAGGAGAAUGGUGUAAAAAGAAGAGCCUUGAAUGGCGAGCCACGGGGUUGGAGAGACUGGUUUAUCAGACUCAGGUCCUUCUAAUCACCAUCUCCCUUAUGCAGCUCUUCAUGGAAUCAACGCUCCAUCUACCAGUUUCUUUAAUCAAGAAGGAUCUCCUUUUGAUUUUGGAGAGCUGGAAGAAGCAGUUCUGCAAGGAGUUAAGAUUAGGAAUGAUGAAGCUAAAGCACCUUUAUUCAGACCUGCAGCUACUCUGGAAAUGUUCCCCCCAUGGCCAAUAAGAUUCCAACAAACACCAAGAGGAAGUUCAAAGUCGGGAGGGGAGAGUACUGAUUCAGGAUCGGCGGUGAACACUCUUUCAAGCAAAGCUGAGGCUCAGCUUGACUCAGAUUCUCCUAUCAGUAAAAAAGCAUCUUCUUCAGAUCAUCAUCAAGCUUUUGAUCAGAAGCAUCUACAGCUUCAACAGCACCAGCAACAAAUGGAGAUGGCAAGUAAUACUUCAAGAACAGGAGCACCCUCGGAACUAAAUCCAUCACCAGCCAAACUACCCCAAGAAAAGCACCCACUUCAACAAGAGAUACCAGAAUUGCUUCCUACCGUUUCUAGGAAGGGUUCAACAUCGGAGAAACAGCUUGAUGCAAAAACAUUGAGACGUUUAGCUCAAAACAGAGAAGCUGCAAGAAAGAGCCGCCUUAGGAAGAAGGCCUAUGUGCAGCAGCUAGAAUCCAGUAGAAUAAAGCUUACCCAAUUAGAACAAGACCUCCAAAGAGCUCGCCAGCAGGGGUUGUUCUUAGGUGGCUGUAGUGGUGUUGGUGGGAAUAUAAGCCCUGGAGCUGCAAUAUUUGAUAUGGAGUAUGCAAGAUGGUUAGAGGAUGAUCACAGGCACAUGUCAGAGCUCAGAACAGGAUUGCAAGCACAUUUAUCAGAUGGUGACCUAAGGGUUAUAGUAGACAGAUACAUUUCACAUUAUGAUGAAAUUUUCCGGUUGAAGGGUGUAGCUGCGAAAUCCGAUGUUUUUCACCUUGUUACCGGAAUGUGGUCAACUCCGGCGGAGCGUUGCUUCCUUUGGAUGGGUGGUUUUAGGCCCUCAGAACUCAUAAAGAUGUUAACAUCUCAGUUAGACCCAUUAACAGACCAACAAAUAGUGGGAAUCUGCAGCCUCCAACAUUCAUCACAGCAGGCAGAAGAAGCUCUCUCCCAGGGCUUGGAGCAGCUCCAACAGUCUCUAGUUGACACCAUUGCCAGUGGUCAAAUUGUUGAUGGUAUGCAGCAGAUGGCAGUGGCCUUGGGGAAGCUUGCUAAUCUUGAAGGAUUCGUUCGGCAGGCUGAUAAUUUGAGACAACAAACCCUUCACCAACUUCGCCGGAUACUAACAGUAAGACAAGCUGCACGGUGUUUUCUGGUGAUCGGAGAAUAUUAUGGCCGGUUAAGAGCCCUAAGCUCCCUCUGGGCAUCCCGUCCUCGAGAGUCAUUGAUGGGGGAGGAGAAUGCAUGUCAAACAGGAAGUGAUCUACAAAUGGUUGAGCCACCACCAAAUCAUUUCUCAAACUUUUGAUGGAUGGAUGGAUGCUGUGCUUAAUUAAUUAAAAUUAAUUAAUUAAUUAAUUAAUUUAAUGGUGUGCUGUUAUAUAUAUAUAGAGGUUUAUUUGAGAUACAUUUAGAGAUAGCUUUUAUUUUUGAAUUUUAUUUUAUUUUUAAUAUCUUUACAUUAGUAAUUAGUAUUGUUGUAUUUGUAAAUGUAAAUCAAUUUUAUUUUCUGCA